UUUUACCUAAAAAAAAAGUUAAAGAAGAAACACCUCCUCCUCCUCUCUCUCUCUCUCUCUCUCUCUCUCUCAUUUUCAAGAAUCCUUGGAGAAAACCGAGUUCACCAAUCCCAACAUCUCCUUAUCUCUAUUCUCUAAUUCCUAUUGGUUUUUUUGUAUAUAUAUAUAUAUAUAUAUAUAUAUAUAUAUUGUUUUGCUUUUUCCAUAAAGACAAACAUAUUCGGUAGGGGUUGCGUAAGUCGCAUUUUGCUGUCGCUACUACUAUGGGUGGCGUAGUUGGGAGGAGCGAAUCGUUCAGGCGUGGCCCGCCUGAAUCGAAGCUCGAGGCCAAGAUGGUCGAGGCUAUGCGGAAGAGAGCGGCGGAGGGGACUUCCAUGAAAUCAUUCAACAGCAUCAUAAUGAAGUUCCCGAAAAUAGACAAGAACUUGCGGAAUUGCAAGACUAUUUUUAAGCAAUUUGACGAAGAUUCGAAUGGUGCGAUAGACCACGAAGAGCUUAAACGGUGCUUCGAGAAGCUCAAAAUAUCAUUUACAGAGGAGGAGAUUCGCGAUCUCUUUGAGGCGUGUGAUAUAGAUGAGAAUUUGGGGAUCAAAUUCAACGAAUUCAUCGUACUUCUGUGCCUCGUUUAUCUCCUGAACGAACCAGCUGCGGAGCAAGCAAAAUCACGGAUGGGACUGCCGAAUCUCGAGUCGACUUUUCAGACGCUGGUCGACGCGUUUGUGUUCCUGGACAAGAAUAAGGACGGAUACGUCAGUAAGAACGAGAUGGUUCAAGCGAUAAACGAGACUACCGCCGGAGAGCGCUCUUCGGGACGCAUAGCCAUGAAGAGAUUCGAAGAAAUGGACUGGGACAAGAAUGGAAUGGUGACCUUCAAGGAGUUUCUCUUCGCAUUUACACGUUGGGUGGGGAUCGACGACGUCGAAGAAGAAGAAUUAGAAGAAGAAGAAGAAGAAUGAAGAGUGAGGCUUCCCUCUAUGCGCAAAUCUGCGCGAGACCGAGAAUACGAUGAUGUGAACUUCAAACUCAUCUCCGCGAAAAUAACAACCAUAAGAUUCGCGGAAAUUUUACAUCAUCAGUUCACUUGUUAUGUCGACGAUGCCGAAUCAAGUUGUAAUUUUCAAACAAUGUGAGAAUUGGAAACAACUCAGCAGCUCCUGCUUAUGUCAGAUACAUCAUCUAUUCCUUAUGCAGUUGGUAUGUUUUUGUGCAA